CCGCGUGUAUUUCAUCAUUUUAUAACAAAGUGUAACUUACUAUCGAAUUUUGGCUGUAAAUAGUCCAAUUUUUCGAAAAUACCUAUUCGAGAAUGAACUAGCGGUGUUUGGUUAUAGUUUUACGUUGUGGAUUUCAAUUAAAUAAUCUUCCAUCCAUCGAAAAUGGGGAUUGAUGAAAAGCACUGGGAUGCAAACAGCAAGAACUACAAAAAGGUCCAAAAGGCCCUGGAGGACAAAUGGAAGCUGGUUCCGGCCUUCCUCCAGGUCAAGGGGCUGGUCAAGCAGCACAUCGAUUCGUUCAACUAUUUCAUCAACGUGGACAUCAAGAACAUUGUUCGGGCGAACGAUGAGGUCAAAAGUGAUGCCGAUCCGUGUUUCUACCUUAAAUAUCUGAACGUGAGCAUUGGAACGCCGGAUGUGGAAGAGGGUUUCAACAAUACCAAAUCGACUACUCCGCACGAGUGUCGCCUGCGGGAUAUGACCUACGCUGCGCCGAUUACCGUGGAUAUUGAAUAUACCAGGGGGACACAGAGGGUUGUUCGGAACAAUCUUCUCAUCGGAAGGAUGCCGAUUAUGUUGAGAUCGUCGAAUUGCGUGCUGACGGGGAAGUCCGAGUAUGAACUUUCGCAGGUUAACGAAUGCCCGAUGGAUCCCGGUGGUUAUUUCGUCAUUCGGGGAACGGAAAAGGUUAUUUUGAUUCAGGAGCAGGUUUCCUGGAACAAGAUGAUUACUGAGGAUUACAACAACGUGAUACAGUGUCAGGUGACGAGUUCGACCCAUGAGAAGAAGUCCCGCACGAUUCUGCUGUCGAAGCAUGGAAAGUACUAUCUGAAGCACAAUUCGAUGACGGAGGAGAUUCCGGUGGCCAUCAUAUUCAAAGCGAUGGGAAUAGCUUCGGAUCAGGAGAUUAUGCAACUGGUGGGAAUCGAUACGGAUACGCAGAAACGGUUUGCGCCUUCGCUGCUGGAAGCGGCCAAUCAUAAGGUUUACACGCAACAGCGGGCUCUGGAGUAUAUGGGAUCGAAGCUGAUUGCUAAGCGAUUUACGACGGCUGCCUCCAAGUAUAAGACAACAGCUGACGAGGCGAGAGAUUUGCUGGCAACGACUAUCUUGGCACACGUGCCGGUGCCGAAUUUUAACUUUCAGGUGAAAGCAAUCUACGUGGCUCUGAUGAUUCGUCGCGUGAUGGCGGCAGAAGCGGACAAAUCGGCCGUCGACGAUCGGGACUACUACGGUAACAAGCGGUUGGAGCUGGCCGGGUCGUUACUUUCGCUCAUGUUUGAAGAUCUGUUCAAGCGCUUCAACUGGGAGUUGAAGAUGAUCGCCGAUAAGAACAUUCCCAAGAUCAAGGCUGCCCAAUUCGAUAUCGUGAAGCACAUGCGAGCGGCGCUGAUUUCCACCGGAUUAGAAACGGCUAUUUCGACGGGGAAUUGGACGAUCAAACGCUUCAAGAUGGAACGUGCCGGGGUGACGCAGGUGCUUUCGCGGUUGAGUUACAUCUCUGCGCUCGGAAUGAUGACCAGGGUGAACUCGCAGUUCGAGAAGACGAGGAAGGUUUCUGGUCCGCGUUCGCUGCAGCCCAGUCAGUGGGGAAUGCUGUGCCCAUCGGAUACUCCCGAAGGUGAAGCUUGCGGUUUGGUGAAGAAUUUGGCCCUGAUGACCCACAUUACUACAGAGGUGGACGAGGAACCGGUGAUUCGUUUGGCGUACAACUCCGGAGUGGAGGAUAUUCGUUUGCUUGGCGGUGAGACCAUUAAUAACCCGAAAGUGUUUAUGGUCUUCAUCAACGGUAACAUUCUUGGAGUGACGAUCGGAUAUAAGCGGUUGGUGGAGGUGUUUCGAAUGAUGAGAAGGAAGGGUUUGAUUGGAGCGUUUGUCUCUAUUCAUACGUCGUUUAGACAGCGCUGCGUGUAUAUUCACACGGAUGGUGGUCGCCUGUGUCGGCCGUACAUAAUUGUCCAGCACGGAAGACCUCUGGUUCAGCAGGAACACAUCGAGCAGCUGAAGGUUGGCCUGCGAAAGUUUGACGACUUCCUUCAUGAUGGAUUGAUUGAAUAUCUGGAUGUCAAUGAAGAAAACGAUUCGUUUAUCGCAUACCAAGAACAGGAUAUUGACCCUGAAAAGACGACACAUUUGGAGGUUGAACCGUUCACUCUGCUGGGUGUUUGUGCCGGAUUGGUUCCCUAUCCACAUCACAACCAGAGUCCUCGAAACACCUAUCAAUGUGCUAUGGGUAAACAGGCUAUGGGCAUCAUUGGAUACAACCAGAAGAACCGCAUCGAUACGUUGAUGUACAACAUUGUUUAUCCUCAGACCCCCAUGGUUCGGUCUAGGACCAUUGAACUGACCAACUUUGACAAGCUUCCGGCAGGGCAAAAUGCCACCGUUGCCGUUAUGAGCUACUCCGGGUACGAUAUUGAAGACGCCUUGAUUCUGAACAAGGCUUCCAUCGAUCGCGGAUAUGGUCGUUGUCUGGUUUACAAGAACAGCAAAUGUACCAUCAAGCGUUACAGCAAUCAAACCUUUGAUCGCAUCAUGGGCCCAAUGAAAGAUUCGCUCACCAACAAGAUCAUCUUCAAGCACGAAUGCCUCGACACGGAUGGCAUCAUUUCCCCCGGAGAGAAAGUCGCUUCCAAGCAAACCAUGGUCAACAAGGAGAUGCCUGCAGUUAAAUCCACAAACCCAAUUGAGCAGAAGGAGGCCGGGCAGCAACCGAUCACGUACAGUCCCGUUCCGAUAACAUACAAGGGUACCGAACCCAGCUACAUUGAAAAGGUCAUGGUCUCCACCAACAACGAAGAGGAAUUUCUGGUUAAGAUUCUUCUCCGACAAACGCGUCGUCCGGAAAUUGGCGACAAAUUCAGUUCGCGUCACGGUCAGAAAGGCGUCACUGGAUUAAUUGUCGACCAGGAAGAUCUUCCAUUCAAUGAUUUCGGAAUGUCACCGGAUAUGGUCAUGAACCCGCACGGUUUCCCUUCGCGUAUGACGGUCGGUAAAACACUUGAACUGCUGGGUAGCAAAGCUGGAGUCCUGGAAGGUAAAUUCCACUACGGAACCGCUUUCGGUGGAUCUAAGUGCCAAGAUCUGCAAGAUGAGCUGUUCAAGAAUGGGUUCAAUUUUCUCGGAAAGGAUAUCUUCUACUCGGGAAUCACCGGAGAACCGCUUGAAAUGUACAUCUAUUCCGGUCCAGUCUACUACCAAAAACUCAAACACAUGGUCCAGGAUAAGAUGCAUGCUCGAGCUAGAGGCCCUCGUGCCGUUCUGACCCGCCAACCGACGCAAGGUCGUAGCCGCGAAGGUGGUCUCCGUCUCGGAGAGAUGGAACGGGAUUGUUUGAUUUCCUACGGUGCUUCCAUGCUAAUUAUGGAACGUCUGAUGAUUUCGUCGGAUGCGUUCGAUGUGGACGUCUGCAACGUGUGCGGUCGGCUAGCGUACUCGUCCUGGUGCCACAACUGCCGCUCGUCUGCCAGCGUUUCGAAGAUUUCGAUGCCCUACGCUUGCAAAUUGCUGUUCCAGGAACUAACCAGUAUGAACAUCGUUCCUCGACUCAAGCUGAAGAACUAUUAAU